AUGCAGCCUGACUCUUCAAUUCAAUCACAUCAAAACGGUUUAAUCAAACCAAAAGAGAAAUAUGUAAAUAGUAGCAAUAUUAGUAACAAUAAUAAUAAUAAUAAUCACAAUGGCUUGGUGACUAGUAAAAGGUCUCCAGCAAAAGUCAACUUACCCACUCAUAAACCGGUUCUAUUAAAUGAAAAAUUUGAUCGUAUCAAUCAAUCAGGACAAAGUGAUGAGGUGGUCAGAGAUCUCCUAUCACCAGGUGAUUUAGUCAAAGAUAGAUGGCGUGUUGUAUGUAAACUCGGUGGAGGUGGUUUCGGUGAGAUUUAUGAGGCGGUUGACACCAAACUGAAACGUGUACAACACUCCACCUCAUCAUCGUCAUCUUCAUCCUCCUCCUGUUCAUCAGGAUCAACACCAUCCAAUUGUUGUGCUGACCUACAACAACCGAAUGUGAAACGUUAUUCCACUGAAUAUUCUUUAUGCUUAAAUUGUGCAACAAAUAGUACACUGAAUGCAGCGGUGAAUUCCCCGAUCCUGACUGGUCAAACAACAGAUUCUACACUGAUGAAAUUCAAGCAACAAGAUGUUGGAUCAGAUAGUGGUAUCGGUGUUGGACAGGCAUUUUCAUCAGAUACACAAAUGCUUCAACAUGGUACGCGUAUCAAUUCGGCUGGUACAACAACCUCAGCUUCAAUGUCUUCACGUCGAUUCAUGCUGACGUGUAAUGAGAAUAACAAUACUCAGAAAAAUACUCCAGACGAUGGUGUCAUCCGCUUACAGCUUUCAAAUGGUAUACAGAAGAUAACAUCACAAGAUUUCAGUGUUAGUAAUGUCUCUACACCAAGAGAAUCAAGUCAAACAGGGAAUUAUGACAGUAAGAAGCGAAUAUGUAUGAGUUGUAAGUGUGAAUUAUCCCAAGGGGUUAAUGAUAAAUCGAAUAAUGGUGUGUCAAGUGAUUCUGGUAUAUGCAGUGUUAACGAUGCCUAUGAUUAUCGUGUAGCUAUCAAAGCGGAAUCAAAUCGUCAAGCUAGACAAGUGCUGAGAAUGGAAGUAGCUGUGUUAAGACGUUUACAAGGCAAGCCAAAUAUAUGCCGGUUAUUUGGUUGUGGAAAAAAUGCAAAAUUCAAUUAUAUGGUUAUGACAUUACAGGGUAAAAAUCUUUCUGAAAUACGUCGAACUCUACCAGGUGCAGUUUUUUCUCUUGGUACAGCUUUUCGUCUAAUUAAACAAUGUAUAACCGCCUUACAAACUCUACACGAUGCUGGUUUCUUACAUCGUGAUGUAAAACCAUCAAAUUUUGCAAUUCAACGUGGUAAACCAAAGGAUAAUGCUUCUUCACAAAGAGUACAAGUUACACUGUUAGAUUUUGGUUUAGCCAGACCCUAUACUAUCAAUGGUCCUGGUAGUGAAGUACGUAAUGCUCGUCAAAUUGCUGGAUUUCGUGGUACAGUACGUUAUGCAUCGAUUAAUGCUCAUUCACAUCAAGAUUUAGCUAGAAGAGAUGAUUUAUGGUCAUUAGUUUAUAUGUUUAUUGAAUUUAUUUGUGGACAGUUACCAUGGCGACGAAUAAGAGAUAAAGAAUUAGUUGGACAAAUGAAAAUGGCAUUAAAUCAUAAAGAAUUAGCUAUAAAAUCUGGCCUGCCUGUAAAUAUUGUCACUACAUGGAUAACACACUUGGAACAAUUAGAGUAUAAAAGCAUGCCUAACUAUAGCCUGCUUAUUAGCUGCCUAGAUGAAUGGUUAUCACAGCAUAAAAUACAAGAAUCAGAUUUAUACGAUUGGGAAAUUUCAGAUCACAGUCUGAGUAGAAUCAUUGAAGAGUGAACACCAUCAACAACAACAACAACAGCAACAACACCAACAAUUAAAGCCCGGUACUAUCACCUUAUACAAACCUGAACAUAAACCAAUCC